ACUUCGCUUGAGUGUCUUGCGUGACCUUAAGACUGCAGAAGAUUCUCCCGAGUGUUGGCUUCAAUGGCGUUCACCUCUAAUGGGCUUCGUCGCAGUUUCGGAUUGUCAUCUCACUUGACUCAAAUUAGGGCAAACUCAACGCUCUCCACCACCAAGCUCUUCGUUAGUGGCCUUUCACGAUUAACCACAAGCGAGAAGUUGAGCGAGGCUUUUUCUCCCUUUGGCCGACUUGUCGAAGCAACUGUUGUGACUGAUAGGGCUUCUGGAAGGUCCAAGGGAUUUGGUUUUGUGAGAUAUGCAACAGAAGACGAGGCAAACAAAGCCCGUGAAGGGAUGAAUGCUAAGUUCUUGGAUGGUUGGGUCAUAUUUGUUGAUCCUGCAAGGCUUCGAGAGCCGAAGCCUCCACCCCAGCAAGAACCAGAGCAAUCUGACGUGGGAUUUAGAACUAACAAAACGAUUGGCUGGUGUGGAUGAUAGAUGGCUUAAAAAAGUGUGAUGAUUAAAAACAAAAGAGUGAUUUUGCAGUUCUAAGAACCAAUCAACACCACCUCCUUCAAAAAAAAAAUGAAAAAGAAGAGAGAACAGGUGAUUUUAAAGUUAAAUAUGUGACGUGUAUGCUUUUUGACUUGGCCUUUGAUGCUAGUUCUUAGAAAAUGAAUCAUGGUUUGUAUAUGGAUAUGAAGUUAGGGGCGUACUUGAAAUAUAUUAUGGGGAAAUAGAUUACUUGAAAUAUAUUA